UAAAUAAGCCAGUCUCAGUUUGAUCGUGUUUUGAGUCGAGUUACCGAAUAAAAACGGAAAAAUUCAAAAUUAAAAAUGACGGGUAUCGGUGAAGGAAGUGGUGCUGCGGCUGUUCAAAAGUUCGAAAAUCACAUGAAUAUCAUCAAGUACACCAUGCUGUUCACUAAUGCGUUUGAAGUGAUUCUGGGAGUCUGCAUUCUAAUUGUGUGCUUCUGGUUGAGAUUUGAAGACGGAGUAUACGAAUGGUUGGACAAAUUAAAUGCAUUAUCCUUCUAUGUUGGAGUAUAUAUUCUGAUAUUCGCUGCAUUAGUCAUCAUUGGAGUAGCAAUAUUUGGUUGUAUAACAGCAAUGGCCGAAAACCAAUUCUUCCUUCUAUUGUACAUCGCUAUUCAGAUAUUGGCAUUCCUGGUUGGUCUUAUUGGAGCGACAGUUCUGUUGGGAAACAGCGCGAGGGAUUCGAAUUUCCAGCCUAUGGUUAGAGAGAGCAUGAGGAAUUUAAUUAUGCAUGCAAACUAUGAACCUGCAAGACAGAGUUUGCAGAUCAUACAGGAAACGAUUGGUUGCUGCGGAGCAGAUGGUGCCCGGGAUUAUUUGAACCUACAGCAGCCACUGCCAAACGAAUGCAGGGACACAGUGACUGGAAAUCCUUUCUUCCAUGGAUGCGUCGCAGAACUGACGUGGUUCUUCGAGAGCAAAUGCAAUUGGGCCGCUGGAAUUGUUCUGACAGUUUGCCUGUUUCAUGUGAUAAAUAUCGUAUUCUCCAUAAUAUUCAUCCAAGGCAUGAAGAAAGAACAAAGGUCUUAUUAUUAGAAAUAUACCAACCAAUAAUUUAAGUAAACUUUUAUAUGAUUUUUAAUACCAUAUCGAUUUCGAAUAAAUACUGAAAAUUAAAA